AUGUGCGUUUUAUGUUGGGGUAGCAAUGAGAAAGCAAGAAAAAAAGCCGGAAAGAAGGCGUUUUGCGGGGGAGUACAAAUUGAGUUCAAGAACGAUUCUCAGGCUCUACUGUGGUGCCGGAUAGCUAUAAAUAAAGAUAAAGAAAAUGCCGUAAAGAAAAGUGAUAAAAAUAAAAGUAUACCUAAACGAUAA